AUUCUGCGUUGCCAAUGGCUAGGUGAUGCUAUAUGCUCGACCAGGACAGCUAUAUAACAAAGAGCUCGGCUCUCCAUUAGCACCUCAAGGCCAAUGGCGUCCAACAACAAAGUAGCCUCCCACAGUCAAAUGGAGUCGGGCGACCAAAUGGCGUCCAACCAGCAUCCAGGUUCCACGGAGUACCAGCUGAGGAAGUACCUCCUGCUGCUGGCCACUCUGGUCGCGACGGUGACAUACGUCGCCGGGCUGAACCUGCCGGGAGGAGCCUGGCAGGAGGACACACAGGAUGGCCGCGCAGGCGACCCGAUCCUUGAGGUCGCCCACUACCGCCGCUACCUCACCUUCUACUACUGCAACGCGACUUCAUUCGCUGCUUCGCUCGUGGUCAGCCUCCUUCUCGUUGUCCUGGAUGGGACGAACACAGGCUGGGAGGCUUUUCUGCGGGUGGUCAUGGUGCUCGAUUUACUUGGCCUCAUGGGGUCGUAUGUUGCUGGGAGCUGCCGAGAUUUAUUCACAACCAUCUACUCCGCAGUGUUAGUUUCUGCUGUCUUCGCCUACAUCGUCCUAGCUUUCUCCUCCUACCUCAUCUCCAACUAUUGGUGGCUGCCGAUGGCUUUGCAAAAGAAGCAAGGAGAGGAUACGGAGAAGCAAGACGGGAGGCAAGGCGAGGACACUGGCACACAUGAGCGCGAAGAGCUGCAUGAGGUCCUGAUGUUGCUCGCGACCUUUGCAGUUACCAUCACAUAUGGGGCCGGGCUGAAUCCGCCAGGUGGCUUCUGGGGCGACACCAAGGAUGACCACCAUAUGAGCGACCCGAUUCUGCAGUACCACUACUCCAGCCGCUAUCAGGCAUUCUUCGUCUGCAACACCACUGCAUUUGUCGCGUCCCUGGUCAUCAUCAUCCUGCUCGUGGACAAGAAGCUGAGCAGCAAUCUCUCUGUACGGUUUGUUGCUUUGUAUGGGCUCAUCAUCACAGCGCUCUUUGGCCUCAUGGGGGCAUAUGCUGCUGGGAGCUGCAGGGAGGUUGACGACACCACCUAUGUCGUUUGUCUGAUCGGUGGAGUUCUUGCAUACAUCUUCCUCCAGGUGGCUAUUACCAAAGCCAUAAAAAUGAAGGAACGCUGCUGCUGCUUCAAAGUACUUGCAACUAUAUAUAGUUCUGCUUCAGAAUGCCUGCAGAACAUAAUGAAAUUCUUUGACAGAUCCCAGAACAGAACUGAAAGAGAUCAGACCAGUAGCAGGAACACAAAACGUGAAGCAGCAGUGGAAAAGGCUCGCUCUCUUGUUCUGUUGCUUGCUACUCUUGUUGUGAGCAUCACUUACCAAGCAGGACUAGAUCCACCAGGUGGUCUCUGGCCCAAGGAUGGAGAUGGUCAUAACAAUGGUGACCCAAUACUCCUCACAACGCACCCUACCCGGUACAAGGUGUUCUUCUACAGCAACUCAGCAGCCUUCGUGGCAUCCUUGAUUGUCAUCAUAAUGGUCCAAAGCAGAUUUCUGCUUAAGCGCCAUACACUGGAGGCAGUCAUGAUACUGGAUUUGUUCGGCCUAAUAAGUGCAUAUGCUGCUGGGAGUUGCAGGGAUGAAAGCACCUCCAUCUAUGUUGUUGCCUUGGCAGGUGUUGUCCUUGUCUAUGUGGUGAUUCAUAUCAUUUUCUUCACGCUAGACAACAAGGACAACCACCGGGAUGCUGAGAAGUUGGAGAACAGGCGUGAGGUGUUGUUGCUCCUUGCAAUCUUGGCUGCCACACUCACUUACCAAGCUGGGUUGACCCCACCAGGUGGCUUCUGGUCAGAUAACAAUGGGCACCACGCGGGCUUCCCGGUCCUCCGCGACAACUACCCUCCCCAUUACAAUGCAUUCUUCUACUGCAACGCGGCAAGCUUCAUGGCAUCCGUGGCUCUCAUUGUCCUCCUUGUGAACCCAAACCUAUACAAACCGGGCAUACGGUGCUAUGCACUCUAUGUGUGCAUGGUGGUGGGCAUGUUUGGCCUCAUGGGAGCUUAUGCUGCUGGAAGCUCCCGGGAUUUGCGCACCUCCAUCUAUGUAUUAACGUUGGUUGUUGCUGUGUUUGCCUUUGUAGCCUUGGAGGUCGCCAUUUUCUGGAUUUACCCCUAUCUCCAACUCCAAAAGCUUUUGCUGAAACUAGGAGGCAGCAGCAACAAAGAAGAGGGAUCCUCCGGGCAACAAGGAGGUGACAUCACAAAACCGAAGCUAGAUGCUCCAAACCAGGAUGCAGAGAUACAGGAAGGUGAUCCUCCAGUGGAGAAGCCAGAAACACAGAAAGAGACUGAAUCAAGAGAUAAGGACAUACGCGAGUACCUGAUGUUGCUCGGAGUCCUAGCUGCGAGUGUUACCUAUCAGACUGCCUUCAAACCACCAGGUGGCCUGUGGCAAGACAACGGCAAUGAUCACUAUGCUGGCUACCCAAUCCUACACAGCAUCAACAAACGCCGGUACCAUGCUUUCUUCUAUAGCAACUCCACUUCCUUCAUGGCUUCCAUUGUCGUCAUCAUCUUGCUGCUUCCGUGGACACUGCACAAACACAAGUUGCCACUCUGGCCAAUUCAGACAGCUAUUUUGUUUGACAUGCUCGGUCUCCUUGGGGCCUACGCAGCAGGCAGUACCAGAGACUGGGAGACAUCCAGGAACGUCAUCUACCUGGUAAUCCCCGUCCUGGCCUAUAUUGCAGCCUAUGCAGCAGUGUCAUUGUUCCGCAAGCAAAGGCGAUCUCACAAGUGAAAAUCUGAUGAGCAUCAAUCAUCUGGCAACGAUAAAGAAGAUAUCAGAAGUGACGAAAUUCUUCUAUUCCUAAUUUUAUUCAACUGCGACUCCUGUGUUUGUAUUAAGAUGUGAGUUGUUUGUUCAUAUGUAUUCUCCAAAAGGUAUUUUAUGGACCUGUCCAUGAAUUCUUAUGAGUUUUAGUGUAACUCACAGAAAAGGAAUACUUUCUAGUUUUGUUCUGCAUUAUUUGCCAUUGUGUCAAAACUAUCGAACGAUAGUACAACAGAAAGUUUGUAAUGCCAAAGCCAAAAUAUAGUUUUGAUAUUAAAUUGGCCUCUGUAAUGCUACUAGGAUCUUGGUUUUCU